CUUCUCCUCAAGCCACCCACAACAACAAACCCACGAGGCAAUUGGGCGCAAGCCCAACCAAAAAAUAAAAGAAUCACACCAAAAAUGUCCUCGACACCCCCCUCCCCCUCCCUAGCCCAGGGUCCAGCACCCCCCAAAUCCGCUCCCCCAAUCCACGUCCUACCAAACAACAUCUCAAAAACCUACGCCCUCAUCCACCCAGUCCUCCUGCUCGCCCUGGUCGCCCUCCGCUUCGAUGCUCUCGUCACCGACCCCGUCGCUGAGCUGCUCAGCAACCUCCCCUUCCUGGCCCUGCUGCAGGUAACCUUCGUCAUGACCUGUCUUCCACCCGCGGGGUCCGCAAAGGACGACGACGACAACAACAAAUCCACCAGCGCCAAUUCCACCUCGAACUCAACUUCCAACGCAGGCUCAGGCGUAAUCCUUAAACCAGGCAAAAUCGGUCUCCGGCGCAAGAACACUCCAAAGUCGGACUCGGGGAAUCUUUCUGCUAAACUUCUUCCAGCAAUCCUCUCCCUAACCCUAACAACCCUCCUCGCAACCCCCGUGCUCACAAUCCUCCUUAUCCUCUUCGGCGCCCCGCUAACAACUCACCACGCCGAGACACUUCUCUGCGCUGCGCACAUGGCCGUAUUGACAUCCACGGCGCUCAUCUACGUUCACGGCGUGGACGGUUCCAUCUGGAAAGAGGUCUGGGGUGCCAAGAGACCCGCCGAUGCGGUUUGGGGUGCUGCGCUGGGAACGUGUGUUGGGGCUUGGUUUGGUGCUGUGCCUAUUCCUUUGGAUUGGGAUCGGCCGUGGCAGGCGUUUCCGAUUACGAUUCUUAUUGGGGCUUAUAUUGGGUAUAGUGUUGGGUUUGGAUUGGGGAGGACUGUUUUGUUUGGGAAGAGGUUGAAGAUUGAGGAGGAGGGUGAUGUUGUGGAUUCGAAGAAGGUAGAUUGAUUUUUUUUUUUUUUUUU